AUGGGAAACAACCAAUCCUCUGUGCGUUGUUCGUGGUUUCCCACCUCAACUGGAUAUGACGCAUUUAUCAACCACAGAGGAGCAGAUGUGAAGGAAAGCGUAGGCAGCCUCAUUUUUCAUAAUCUCCAAAACAAGGGAUUCAAUGUCUUUUUUGAUAAGAACUCAAUCCAAGUUGGGGAUAGCAUACCUCUAUCAAUAGAAGAAGCGAUUCAGUCAGCAUGUGUUCAUAUUGUCAUUUUUUCGCCUAAUUAUGCAGAGUCAGUUUGGUGCUUGAAGGAGCUCCAGCUCGUCCUCAAAACAGGGGCUCCCAUCAUUCCAGUCUUCUGUGGAAUUCGGCCUUCCGAGCUUCGAAUGAAGAGCGAAGAGGGUGUGUAUGCUCGGGCCUUUCAUAAGCACAGUGGAAUGUUUGAGAGCCAUUUAGUUGAGGAAUGGAAGAAGGCCCUUUCUGAGGUUUCAUAUAUCAAGGGCUAUAUUUUUGAGGGAGAUCAGGGACAGCUGCUGGAGCAAAUUGCAAAGAGUGUAAAACAGUUUAUUGAUAGAGCGAAAUACCGAGCAAAGCAGGGCACUGCGGAAAUGAGACGAGGAAAUUGCGUUCUGCCUUAA